AAAGAAAGCAAAAAAAAAAAAAAAAAAAAAGGAAGAAGGCGGCGAUCCUCUCCGGUAAAACCUUCUAUUAAAUUUUGAAUUUCUUUUCUUUCAAUAAGACUUGAGUAUCUAAGUAUAUUUUGUUCCAAAUCCGGCAUCAUAAAAUUGGGCCAAAAUCCCUGCUGCUCUCCUUAUAAUUAUAAUUCAGGGAAUCACUGAAUUGAAAUUUUUUUUGGGAAAAGAAUGGGAAGACCUAAAGGAGAUGGAGCAAGAAGCAAGUAUCGUCCCUCCAGCAGCAGUCUUGCUGCGUCGCUUUUACCCUCUGGUUCAACAACGCUGGGAUUCGGAGGCUUCGUGGGCAGUUCCCGUGUUGAUUCUUCUCUCUUAGCUGAGUCUUCGACUGAUCCUUCUCUGGAUGUUGAUGGUGAAUUGGCGCAACACUUAAAGAGGCUUUCAAGAAAGGAUCCCACCACUAAGAUUAAAGCAUUGACAGCUCUUUCUCAGUUGGUAAAGGAAAAAUCUGCAAAGGAAGUAGCUGUGAUACUUCCACAAUGGGCAUUUGAGUACAAAAAGCUGUUGCUCGAUUACAACCGGGAAGUUAGGCGAGCAACUCAUGAUACGAUGACUUAUCUUGUCCGUGCUGUUGGAAGAGAUUUGGCUCCCCAUUUAAAAUUUAUAAUGGGACCUUGGUGGUUUUCUCAGUUUGAUUCAAUAUACGAAGUUUCUCAAGCAGCAAAACGAUCCUUUCAGGCUGCAUUUCCAGCCCAGGAGAAAAGACUGGAUGCCUUAACUUUGUCCGCAACUGAAAUAUUUUUGUAUAUUGAAGAAAAUCUGAAGCUUACACCCCAAAGUAUGUCAGAUAAAGUUACCGCGUCUGAUGAAUUGGAGGAGAUGUACCAGCAGGUGAUAUCAUCAUCAUUACUUGCAUUGGCCACCCUUCUUGAUAUCUUGAUGAGCCUGCAAUCAGAUAAGCCAAGUUUUGAAAAUAUAACGGCUGAACCGAAGAAUGCUUCGAAAGCAAGAGCCAAUGCAGUAGCUCAUGCAGAGAGGUUGUUUUCUGGCCAUAAAAGUUUUUCAGACUUUCUGAAGUCUCAGAGCUCUAGUAUACGGUCAGCUACAUAUUCCGUUCUUGGAAGCUUCAUCAAGAAUAUUCCUCAUGCCAUCAAUGAAGAAAAUAUCAAGUCUCUUGCCGUUACAGUUCUUGGUUCUUUCCAGGAAAAGGAUCCAAGAUGCCACUCCCCAAUGUGGGACAUGGUAUUGCUAUUUUGCAAAAGGUUUCCUGAAAGUUGGACGUUGUUGAAUGUUCAGAAAAUUAUUCUCAACCGUUUCUGGCAUUUUCUUAAGAGUGGCUGCUUUGGCUCCCAUCAAGUAUCGUAUCCAGCUUUAGUACUGUUUUUAGAUGCAGUACCACCAAAGGCAGUCGUGGGAGAGAAGUUUUUUCUUGAGUUUUUCCAGAAGCUGUGGGAGGGAAGAAGCUUGUCUUAUUCUUUGGCUGCAGAUCGGUUUGCAUUUUUCUCGUCCAUGAAAGAGUGCUUACUUUGGGCUUUACAGAAUGCUUCAAGAUAUUGUGAUGGAGAGGAUGCUGUUCAUCAUUUACGGAAUCUUCUGGUUAAUGAGAUCCUAUUGAAGCUUUUGUGGCUCGAAUACUUUCAAUUAGACGGCUUGAAAGAUCCUAGCUCAAUUUUCCCGAGAAUUUCCUCUAAUUCUUCUGAGGAUUUACUCGAACCUUCCAAAAAGGAAAGGGUGGAAAACCUCCAGUUUAAGCAUCCAGUGGGAUGCCAAGAAGAUCUAGGGAAAUGCAUCGUUGAAAUUCUUUCUGGGGUCCACUUGUUAGAGAAAGACCUGCUUUUACCAUUUUCUUCUGCAUUUAGGAAUCAUUGCCUCUCCAUAAUUCGUCAAGUCGAUAGUUCUUCUGGAAAUGCUGAAUAUGUACUCUUUUUCCUGUCAAUGUUGGAUCAGCAUGCUGUGAAGAAAGGAGAAACGUGGCCAUUUGAUUAUUUGGCGGUCCCUAUGUUGCUCGAGUGUUUCCAAGUGGUUAAGACACUUGAUUCGCCAGAUGCUGUGAGAUUUAUGGUAACAGCCACCUACAUAUUUGGACCAUACAAGAUUGUUCAAGAACUUGCUUGUGUUGAGUCAGGAACAGAGCAGUUUCUGGGAGCUUUUAGUCAAACAUUUGUUCCUUGGUGUUUGGAGAAAAGCAGUCUGUCAACCAGUCACAAAUUGGAUUUCUUGCUUGCAUUAAUUGACUACCAAUAUUUUCCGGAGCAGUGGAAUAUCAUUGUAACCCAUGCAAUACCUCUUGAGGGAGGCACUUUGAAAGCUUCAGACUCAAAAUUAACCACAUUAGCCGAGCUGAUGGAGAAGGCAAGGGAGAGAAUUAGAAAGUUGAAAUGUGCAGAAGGCUCUCAUCCAGAGAAUUGGCGACAUGAAAAUUUAGACAUUGCCGCAGUAUCUAUUAUUAACUGUAAUCCUCCUUUUGGAACUUCUGAAGCUCGAAUUCUACGAGCUCUUAUUGGCGGUACUACUGAAGAAGACUAUUCAUUGUUGUCUAAAAGUACAUUAAACAUAAUAUUUGACGGGAUCCUGCGAAAGUUGCUAUCUUUUGUGAGUAGUUCAACAUUUUCCUGGGUGCAGUAUGUGGUGUCUCUAAUACCAUCCCUGGGAAAAUUAUCAGAGUCAAGGGAUUUUUCUACCGUUCUUGAGGAUGCUCGUUUUGCUUAUGAAGUAUUGACUGGUAGUUUCUUCUGCUUGUUGAAGUUAGAUUCUGAGGAUCAACUAGUUUCUAAGAUUCUUGCUGCAGUAUUUGUGAUCGAUUGGGAGUUCAAUAUCUUAAAAACUUUCUUGAAUGAUGAAAUUGAGGAAGAACACACAGGACAGAUGCAGAUGAGGAUGACUUUCUGUGAGUCUAUGCAUGCCUUCCGUAGUAACUUAAGCUACCAGAAUUUGAAGAGCCUCAGUAAUGAGAGCCGUAAGAGCUUGAAAGAUAUUUUGGUUCAUGCUCUAAAGUGGGCGUUACUUAAAGAAGACAAGUUAGACAGUGACAAAAGCACCUCCCUCUAUUUCCUAUGGUUGCUUGAGAUAAGGGAAUGUUUGUGUGUAGACCAAUUUGAGGAGCAAGAGUUAUUGGAUGAGUUCAUGAGCCAGAAUGAGUUCUGGCCCUCAUGGAUCUUGCCAUAUGUAAAUUCCCAGGGAAGAUCAGCUGAGUUGAAAUCUGAUUGUAUAGUAUCAAAUGGAUCUGGGAAUCUAAGGUUUGUUAGUUUGAUAGACAAGCUUAUAUCAAGAGUUGGGAUUCAUAAAGUUGUUGCUGGUGCUAUAUCAAGUGACUCUUUCUCUUUGUCUGAGGAGCCUAAAGAACAUCUGCCGAGCUUACAGAAAAAGGUUUGUUAUUCUCGUGCUUGGCUAGCUGCAGAGAUGUUAUGCACAUGGAAGUGGCAAUGUGGUAGUGCUUUAACCACAUUCUUGCCUCUUCUCUGUAAUUAUGCCACGAGUGAAGAUUAUUCUCCAGAUGAUGGGAUUUUAGAUUCUAUUGUGACCAUUUUACUUGAUGGGGCUCUUGUGCAUGGAGGGAACAAAGAACUUGCUGCCCAAAAUAUGUGGCCUGGUUCACAUAUUGAUUUUGAGACAAUUAAUUCGCCUUUCCUGAGAGCCCUUGUAUCAUUACUCGAUAAUCUUUUCCAAAACAAUAUAUGGGGAAAAGACAAAGCUAUGCAUUAUUUCAAACUGCUAAGAGAUAAGCUCCUUAUUGGGGAAACAGUGAACUUCAGUUGUCUGAGCAUUCUUCCUGCAUGUAUGGAUGUUCUCAUUGGACCCUUGAGUAUCUUAUAUGGUGCGGUCGAUGCUAGUGAUACACCUGAUUCUUCGGAUGACCCUGAGGUGCAUGCUACGGUUAUGGACUGGCUAGAAAAAGCUUCUCAUUUCCCUGCCUUGUAUACAUGGACAACUGGCAAUGAUAUGGAGGGCUGGUUUCACCUUGUUGUCUCCUGUUAUCCAUUGAGAGCAACAAAAGGACUGCAAAAUUUAAGAAGAGCUAGAUUUAUUAGUUCUGAGGAGAGAGUGUUGCUGCUUCAAUUAUUUCAGAAGCAAAGACAAAAGUCUGGUGCAUCUACUGUGAUGAACAAACUGCCUGCUGUCCAAGUAUUGUUAUCAAAAUUAAUACUGGUUUCAGUUGCUUAUUGCUGGGAGGACUUUAGUGAAGAUGACUGGCAAUUCAUUCUGUAUCAUGUGAGAUGGUGGAUAGAAUCAGCAGUUGUGACAAUGGAAGAAGUUGCUGAAAAUAUCAAUGAAACUUUUGGAACCUGUUCUGAUUUGGGAGAGAUUUUGAAUAAGGUUGAGCUUGCUGUUUCACAUGCAGAUCAUUCUGCAUUAAAAAUUGCAAGAAAUGCUGUUGCUGCAUUUUCCUUGUUUUGCGGCUUUUGUGAUCGUGAAAAGAACGAAGAAGCUGAUCCUUUGAACCCAUUGAAUGAGAGGUGGGAGAUUAUAAAAGAUCGAAUCCUUGAAUGUAUUCUUCGGCUAUUUUUUUCAACCGGUCUUGCUGAGGCAAUCUCAGGGUCCUCUAUCGAAUGUUCUUCUCUUAUAGCAGGAUCCAGGCUUGAUCACACGCAGUUCUGGGAGUUAGUUGCUUCUUGUGUUGUAAAAUCAUCAUCACCAGCUAGGGAUAAAGCCGCAAAGUCAAUUGAGAUGUGGGGUCUUACUAAAGGGCCUAUUAGUUCUCUAUAUGCAAUCCUGUUUUCUUCCAAACCCCUUCCUUACAUGCAGUUUGCUGCCUACAAUAUGCUUUCCACGGGACCUCUAUCACGCUUCACUUUUCUUAACAAAGACUUGGCACAAGCCUUCGUGGAUACUUCUGAUAAUCAGGAUUCUAACCCUACUGAUCCUGCUUCAGAACAAAAUUUCCGACUGAGAGAAGAAGUUUGCUUCAUGUUUGAAAAAUUCGCAUGUGAAGUCUUUGAAAUGGAUUUGUUGGCCUCUGAACGGGUAAAUACAUUUAUUGCUUGGGGUUUGUUACUCUCGCAUCUAGUGUCUUUGCCCCCAUCAGCCCCGGUGAGGGAGAAAAUUAUUCAGUACAUUAAAGAUGCUGCUGAUUCAGUGAUAAUAGACUGUCUUUUCCAACAUAUUCCAUUGGAAUCCCUUGGGGGAUCCAGCUCGAAGAGGAAAGAACUUCCGGAGACUAUGUCAAUGGCAGCAACAGCCGCCACACAUGCAAUCAGCACAGGCUCUAUAUUGCCCUCUGCAGAAACUAUUUGGCCUGUUACAGCCGAGACAAUGACUUCACUGGCUGGUGCAAUAUAUGGACUGAUGCUGUGUAUUCUUCCAGCUUAUGUUCGAGAGUGGUUUAACAGUAUACGUGAUCGAUCUCGGUCAUCUGUGAUUGAAUCCUUCACGAUAAGAUGGUGUAGUCCUGUAUUGAUUGCAAAUGAUCUCAAUCAGAUCAAGAAAUCGGAUAUUGGUGAUGAGAAUUUCUCGGUUAGUGUUAGCAAAUCAGCCAAUGAGGUGGUAGCUACCUACACAAAGGAUGAAACAGGGAUGGAUCUUGUCAUUCGACUUCCUGCAUCUUAUCCACUUCGACCUGUGGAUGUCGAUUGUACUAGGAGCCUCGGCAUUAGUGACGUGAAGCAGAGAAAAUGGCUGAUGUCAAUGACGUUAUUUGUACGCAAUCAGAAUGGAGCCAUAGCUGAAUCUAUACGAAUAUGGAAAAGCAAUUUUGACAAGGAAUUUGAAGGAGUGGAAGAGUGUCCUAUCUGUUACAGUGUUAUCCAUACAUCUAACCAUAGCCUUCCACGCCUUGCCUGCAAAACCUGCAAGCAUAAGUUCCACUCAGCCUGCCUCUACAAGUGGUUUUCAACUUCUCACAAAUCAACUUGUCCAUUAUGCCAAUCUCCCUUUUGAUCUGUCGCUUAUAACCAUAAAAUGACCAGCAAUUGAGCUUCAACUUUCCCGUGAUUUUUAACCCCACUAAAAGCAGCUAGCUUGCUUGCCAUUUAUUCUGUAUAUUUCUGUUUAUCAGAAUAUCCAGAGGAUACCGGUUGUGUUCUUUCAGCCAUUUUCAGAUAUCAAUUUUUGGUGUGGAAAUAAAUGGAGGCAGGAUUAGAUUUCAUUUGGAGAACCACGCCAUAAGCAAGCUUCUGUAGCUGUCAACUCAUGCAACAUCACACUACUUGGUGCAGUGAAUCAAUCUUGAGGUUGCUUCUAUCACCCGAGAUAUAUUCUUAUUACCUGUCAUUAUGAUAUGCGAGCUCCGAUUCACAUGUGUGGCUAACAUGUUUUGGCUUGGUGAGUUUGCAUAUCCUAAAGUAAAAUCAGCUUUACCGUUCAAAUGGAGAGUUCUUUGUUGUUGAUAGCUUCUGUUAGUGUAGCCUUUUCGUCAUGAAUUGAUUUUAAUUUCUAAGAGGAAUAGCUUGUUUAGUCUUAUUAGUUGACAUUUUUGAGAAAGAAUUUACCAUGUUCAACAAUGCCAGUUUUGGUUUUGCUCCACGCUAAAAGCCUUAUUAGAUUAGCAAGCACAUUGGACUCAUUUUUGUUCCUCUUUGUCCAAAGUUCUACGACAGAUCAUGUAUCUGAUUGGAUCAUACUUUCUUUUUU